GAGAAAACACACAUAGCACGUCGCAAGGAAGCUAGGAGUAGCAGUAAGAUGAAUUAUGUGCACCACUCGGUGGUCGCUGCCGUCUGUCUGCCCGUGAUUGCGAUCUUCCUAUGGGUUCCUGCACUAGAGGCACACAGUAUACCGCCGCAACAGUCCCCGCCGGGGUACGGCAGCAGGUGGCUGAUACGGCCCGCCGCGGACCACCGGAACACCGGCGGUUUGGAUGCGGCCGGGCGGCCGGAACAACGCUUCGCCGCGCCCCGGAAGCUGUCGGCGCAGCUCUUCAUCCCGGAGACGACCGCCGGGGUGGUCGACGAGUCGAGCGCCGAGCACGACGGGAUCGAUCGCUCGCUCCGGAAGGUGAAGAAGAUCGUGAAACACCACCGGCCGGGACCGCGCAGGCUGAAGCCGGCGGGCUGGGGCGCGCCCCGGUGGCGCCGGCCGAACCCGCACCACUACACGCAGUUCUCCAAGUGGGGCCCAUGCGACUACUACUGUCACCAGAAGCGCGAGCGGUACUGCAUCGCCAAGCGGAAGUGUGGCAAUCACAUCGUGACCGAGGAGCGGAUCUGCCCGAAAAGCAUUUGCGUGCCGCUGCACAUUCCACCGAUCCCGACGGUGCACAUCGACGAGGAGUCCCAUCACCACCAUCAUUCGCCCGGGAUGCCCCUGAACCAGUUCACGAUCGUUAACUUUGACAAGCCACAGGAGCUUGUGGAGAAGAGGAGAAAGAAAAAAAAGAAGAUCAUCAUCCAGGAGGACGACGACUGGGAGGACGCGGACAGCGAGACGGACUACGUGAUAUUGAAGAGCCCGAAAACCGGCAAACCGGGAGGGUUGGCGCCACCGUUCCACCGAAAGGAGGAACUGCUGAUGCUGGGCAGCAAGACCCGCGGCCAGCCGCUGGUGAUCAAUCUGGACGACUUCGACGACAAGCGCAUCCUGUCGCCGACCAUUUCGCUCGCCCCGCAUUACGACAACGGGUACGAGACGGCAGCUCACAAGUUCGUCAAGUAUCCGCGAAAUCACGCUCCGCGUCGGCAGCCAACCCGGUUGAGUGACUUCUUCGAGGACUACUACGAUCACCUGUACCGCGACGGUACGGGAUUCGCCAACCGGAAGGGCGAAGAGUUCCCGGACGACGAUGGCUGGCGACCGAUCACGGUGCCGGCCCCGGCUGCGAACGGCAGCGAUCGGGUGCCGGUGGAGUCGCACCGGCUGGACCGGAACUAUGGGGAACUGUUCAAGCAGACGACCGAGUCGAACGUCCGGGUGGAGCGCAACGUGUCUCACAGCAUGCACUAUCAGAAGCUGCUGGAGUCCUUCUCGACCGCAGCCACUGGGUUGGAAAGUGCGCGUCAGUCCAAAAGGGAAACUGCCCAUGGUCCGCGUCACUGGGACACAAGCGAUUUGUCGCUCGAAGGUGACGUUGGUGGCGCGGUGGCAAUGUUAAAGUCCGGACCACUGGGAAAUCAGCGGCGAGCGCGGGAGAAGGCCGUUUUCGAGAUGCCACGCAAGGUGGAAAAUCCGUACACGAAGUGGAGCAAGUGGACCAAGUGUACGGCCAAGUGUACGACUCGGCGAUUGAAACGCUGCCGGGUGCCGUCGUUCUGCGGCAAUGACGUCAUCCGAGAGGUCGCCUACUGCUACACCGAGGGUAGCUUCUGCGAGGAGUGGAUCGGCAACCAGCUGUACCAGAGUAACCGCAAUGUGGUAUUUCCGGCGCCUACGAUGACUACGACGACGACGACAACAACCACGACCACAACGACCCCGGCACCACCGAUCGUGGCCGGGCCCAACAAGCCGAACAAACCGCGCCGGACGCAACCGGGAUGGAGCCGGAGCGAUACGGUGGCGCUGCCGAGCACGCUGUCGGCGCAGAUAUUCUCCAGCCGCCGGGGACUCCUGCAGCCGGAGUAUCUGCCCCAGCCGCUGAGCUGCGGUCUGCCGAUGGUGCGCGACAAGCCAAAGAAGUACCUGUACAAUAUGCUGCGUAUCAUUGGCGGGAAAACGAGCCGCCGGGGGCAGUGGCCCUGGCAGGUGGCCAUCUUGAAUCGGUUCAAGGAAGCGUUCUGCGGGGGAACGAUGGUGUCGUCGCGCUGGAUUCUGACCGCGGCCCACUGCGUCCGGAAGCGGCUGUUCGUGCGGCUCGGAGAGCACAACCUGCAGCAGUCGGACGGGUCGGAGAUCGAGUUUCGCGUGGAGCUCAGCAUCAAGCACCCACGGUACGACAAGAAGACGGUCGACAACGAUGUGGCGCUGCUGAAGUUGCCGCGCGAGGUCGAGCGGUCCAACUUUAUCGGGUACGCCUGCCUCCCGGAACGGUACCAGGCGCUGCCGACCGGCCACACGUGCACCAUCAUCGGGUGGGGCAAAAAGCGCCACAACGACGACGCGGGGACGGACGUGCUGCACGAGGCGGAAGUGCCGAUCGUACCGAACGAGCGGUGCCGGGCAGUUUACCACGACUACACCAUCACGAAGAACAUGUUCUGCGCCGGGCACAAGCGUGGUCGGAUAGAUACGUGCGCCGGGGACUCCGGUGGUCCCCUGCUGUGCCGGGACGCGGCCAAGCAGGACUCCCCGUGGACCAUCUACGGUAUUACGAGCUUCGGCGAUGGCUGUGGCAAGCAGAACAAGUUCGGCAUCUACACCAAGGUGCCCAACUACGUCGACUGGAUCUGGUCCGUGAUUAACUGCGAUGGCAAUUGUCGGGCGUGA